AAAAAAAAUUGUUGGCGUCUUUGCUUCUCCUCGUCUCCCUCCUCCUCCUUCCCCUCCGGCGCUCGAUCUCGCUGAGUCGCCGCACACCAUUUUGGCGAUGGCGGCGGCGCCGGCGGCGAGGUUCCCGGUGUUCGGGAUCGUGCGGCUGCUGGGCCUGGCGGCCGCGGCGGCCAUCGUCGUCUGGGCCGUCCACUUCCGCGGCGGGAUGGCGCUCUCCUCCGAGACGGACAAGCUCCUCAUCUUCAACGUUCACCCAGUAUUGAUGCUGAUUGGAUUGGUAGUCCUGAAUGGGGAAGCAAUUUUGGCCUACAAGACAGUGCCAGGAACCAAGAAACUGAAGAAGCUAGUACACCUUGCCUUGCAGUUCCUCGCCAUGCUCCUGAGUCUGAUUGGGCUCUGGACUGUAUGGAAGUUCCACGAUGAGAGACAGAUCGACCACUUAUAUACGCUUCACUCCUGGUUGGGCCUUUCUUGCAUCAUCUUCUUCAGCUUGCAGUGGGCUACUGGAUUUUAUACAUUUUGGUACCCUGGUGGAUCUAGGAGUGGAAGAGCCUCCCUGCUCCCCUGGCAUGUCUUCUUCGGCCUCUUCCUUUACGUUCUCGCCAUCGCCACAAGCGUUUCGGGACUUCUGGAGAAGUCGAUCUUCAUGCAGAGCGCAAAAAUGAUCGGGCGUUUCUCGACAGAAGCUAUGUUUAUGAACUCGUUGGGGAUGUUGCUGGUGCUAUUGGGGGCUCUUGUCAUACUUGCAGUUGUUACUCCUGGAGUUGGCAAGAUCGAUACAUACCGAGGCUCAUCAGAGUGAGAGGGAGGCGGCGCGCUGUAGUUCUUGAGAUGCAGUUAGUUCUGAACGACAUUUCUGGCUCCAACUGAGGAAUUUAUCUGUACAUCCCAUUUUCACUGGAAUUAUUGUUACCUGUUUAGAUCUGAUGAAGAGAGUUAUUUGUCGGUACACUUUUUAAGUUGUAGUGGUAGAUUGAUGAUCAAAUUGACAUAAAUUACGGCGAAAUCCAUUCUGGAGGACGUGGGCCCCGAGAUGUUUGGGUGUUCUUAAUGUAUGAAGGAAUACGGAAAAAGGAAAGCAGUUUUGUAUGCUUAACAAUAACAAUUAAUCAUCCCAUAAAAUCGCUAUUCUUGUUAUA